CUUGUAAUGUGACGGCGGCGGUGGCGGCGUGUAGUAGCAAGCUAGACAGCUGGUGAAAACCAAAAUUUGGUUUUUCACUUAAUUCUACUUCAGGCAUAUUAUCUUUAACACCAACGAUGGCGGAUGAAAUUACAAAAGACGCCGACAAACUCUCUGUAGGGGAGCUCUACGUGUCUGCUAAGGAAGGUAGUGAUGACGCUGGGAAUGGAACAGAGCAGAAGCCAUUCAAAACGCCACUGAAGGCUUUCUUGUUUGCUGGAAAGGAGCCAUUCCCGACCAUCUAUGUGGAUUCACAGAAGGAGGGAGAGAGAUGGGCAGUGAUUUCCAAAACCCAAAUGAAGAACACAAAGAAGGUCUGGCAGAGGGAGCAGAUGAAGAGUGAUGCCAAAGACAAGAAAGAGGCAGAAGAUGCAGACAGACGAGAGAAGAACCUUGAAGAGGCAAAGAAGGUGCUCAUUGAGAAAGACCCCAGCUUGCCGGAGCCUAAAGCGGUUAAAAUCCGCAAUUUGGAACCACUCCGAGGGCAACGGGUGAAGAUUUUUGGCUGGGUGCACCGACUGCGUAGGCAAGGAAAGAAUUUGCUGUUCAUCGUGUUAAGAGAUGGAACUGGCUUCCUGCAGUGUGUGCUUACUGACAAACUGUGCCAGUGUUACAACGGUCUGGUGCUGUCCACGGAGAGCACGGUUGCUCUCUAUGGGAUUGUGCAGCCAGUCCCUGAGGGGAAGCAGGCUCCUGGAGGCCAUGAGCUUCACUGUGACUUCUGGGAGCUGAUUGGCCUAGCCCCAGCAGGGGGCGCUGACAACUUGCUGAACGAGGAGUCAGACGUGGACGUGCAGCUCAACAACCGGCACAUGAUGAUCCGCGGUGAGAACGUGUCCAAGAUCCUGCGGGUUCGCUCCACUGUCACACAGUGCUUCCGGGACCAUUUCUUCAACAACGGAUACUAUGAGAUCACUCCCCCCACUCUGGUGCAGACCCAGGUGGAGGGUGGCUCCACACUCUUCGGCCUCAACUACUUUGGGGAGGAUGCCUACCUGACCCAGUCCUCUCAGCUCUACCUGGAGACUUGCAUCCCUGCGCUAGGAGACACGUUCUGCAUCGCCGAGUCGUACCGCGCUGAGCAGUCCCGCACGCGCAGACACCUUGCUGAGUACACUCACAUUGAGGCGGAGUGUCCCUUCAUCAGCUUUGAGGACCUGCUGAACCGCCUGGAGGACCUGGUGUGUGAUGUGGUGGACCGUGUGCUCAAGUCUGAAGCUGCUCAGCUGCUCUACGACAUCAACCCAGAUUUUAAGCCACCCAAGCGGCCCUUCAGGAGGAUGAACUAUUCAGAGGCCAUUGACUGGCUGAAAGAGCACGAUGUCAAGAAAGAUGAUGGAACUUACUAUGAAUUUGGAGAGGACAUCCCUGAAGCUCCAGAGAGGCUAAUGACUGACGCCAUCAACGAGACCAUUCUGCUGUGCCGCUUCCCUGCAGAGAUCAAGUCUUUCUACAUGCAGCGGUGUCCAGAGGACCGCCGCCUCACGGAGUCGGUUGAUGUGCUGAUGCCUAAUGUUGGGGAGAUUGUUGGAGGGUCAAUGCGUAUCUGGGACUCUGAGGAGCUGCUGGAAGGCUACAAGAGGGAGGGCAUUGACCCGACUCCCUACUACUGGUACACUGACCAGAGGAAAUAUGGAACAUGCCCCCAUGGUGGGUAUGGUUUGGGCCUGGAACGUUUCCUCACCUGGCUUCUGAAUCGCCACCACAUCCGGGAUGUUUGUCUAUACCCCCGCUUCAUCCAGAGAUGUCGGCCUUGAAAACUAUCCACAGACACAUGUUAAUCCAUCUGGGAAGUGUGGUAUAAAGGCCACCAUUGCAAACCACAAUCUCCUGCUGCACUUAAGUGUUCUUGCCUGAUUUAAGGGCAAAACAAAUGUUCAAAUGUUUUACCCCUGAAAACCAACACCCAUCCUACACCUAUCUGUUAUUUAACGUCACACAUUCUGCUAGCAUUUGUGAUAUUUGGUCUGGUCAUUUUAGAGGAUGAAUGGUGAGGAGUCAUGAUGUAUCUACAUGCUCACAAAAUAAACAUGCAGUUGUCUGCACACAAA